AUGGGUGUUCCAGGCAACUCGAUCAAUUCGGGCCUGGCGGCCGAACUCACAGCCCUUCACUUUGGCCUCAAGCUUAUUGUGCAAAUGCACAUUUCUCCGGUUUGCAUUGAAAUGGAUGCCCAAAAUGUUAUUGAUUCAAUUCAAGAGGCUAACAGUGAUCAUUAUCUUUCAUCCAUUAUCAUUCAAUGCAGGGACCUCAUUCGGCAGUUGGGAGCUCCACCGAUUAGCCAUGUCAUGAAAGAAUGCAACAAAUGUGCCGAUAUAAUUUCAAGAGACGCUCUUUUGCUUGUUCUUCCUUUCUUUCAUUAUGUUUCAAUGCCUUUAUGUAUUAAUUCGCAGUUUCUAGCGGACAAGGAGGGAAUUACUUACCCCAGAACUUUGUAUUAA